AUGGACACGACUUGGUUCCAAAGCUCCAUGCAAUCCAUGUUUCAGCAACCUGCAUCUUCAUACACGGCCCCUCCGGUGCCUCUAGUGUGUGAUACGCUCUCGGCUCUUUCAGCGCAUCUGGUCCUCUCGGUGCCUCCAGUCAAAGCGGAGCUUGGUGACGCCCUUUGUCUUCCCUCGGUUCGACAUCUACUUCGAUGCGCAGUGGAAGUAGAUCCUCCCGAUAGGCGUCGAUCUUGCAGUCCCCAGUCCGACACCGUUGAGAGUGCCGCUCUCACUCCUCAGAGGGCACAGAGGGCUCAUUCACUUCUGGAUGACAUAUUCAGUAUCGGAACACAGGAUGCUACUGUGGAGCAGCAUGCGCAGCUUAAUCUGUUUCUGUCAAAGCUAACAGGCACAUCAGUUGGGUUUACAGCUAUUGACUUCUUUGUCAUCAAAAAAGAGUUCAUAUUGACUCUGAGUGGACUGUUCGUGACCUACUUCUUUCUCCUGCUCCAGUUCAAGAUAGCCUGAUUCACCGAGUAAACACAGAAGUGAUGAUGGCACCUGCCUUGUGAUCCCAAUGUAUAAAUGAAUGAGUACUGUAUUCUCCAACUGUUGUGGGUUUACUAUGGCACAACAAUUGUCGGUGUUGAAUUUCUCACAAGGCUUGACAAGGCUUUAUAUGUAGAAUGAAUAUGAAUACGUAAGCUAUAGCAGUAGCCUGAAGCUUUUAGUCCUCAUAUGAGAGCCACGCUGCUACGAUGUUAAAUACGAUAGGUUGUGAAGUGUCUGAAAAAGGCACAGAUUGUGCACACCGGCUCGAGAUCUGCACGAGACCUGUGAAAAAUACUUGGAUGGUCUAUAGCAUGCGUGUUGUCCAUGUUUCACACAUGCGUAUCUCUGCA